AUGGCGAAACGCAAGGCACCUGAAGAACUCUCCACUAAUUUGAAUACUAUCAAAGCUCGCAACCGCGUCUCCAACCUUACUGAAGAUGAGAAGGCUGUUCAUUUAGCACUCAAGGCUGACCAUGGCGAUCUGAGCUACUACUUAAAGAAGUUAUACAAGUCUGCAAAGUAUAUCGCUGCCUCUGCUGAAGACAAGACACGUCUACAGAAUGAAUUGAAGGUUGAGCGUAUUCGUGUUCGGACUGAAAAGGGCACCCAUGCAUCUUGCAUUGCGAAUCAGAAAGUCAAGAAUACUAGCGCCCCUUCUUCUUCUCCACAAGCCCCACCAUCUACUCCGCCACAACUUCUGUCUGAGCUUGCUGCAUUUGAGGGUAUCACCAGUAUCCCAAUCGAUGACGAUCAUAACAGCGAAUGGGAGGAUACUGAGGUUGAAGACGAUUUAGAGUUGGAGCUUAUGUUACGGCGCGACGAUAUUUUAAAUGACGAGGCUGUUCUACCAGAUGAGCUUUCUGAUGAAGAGAUCGCUAGCAUCCAGGCUCUCUUAACUCAAGCACGCAUUGAUGCCCAUGAAGAGUCCAAUUUCCGCAAGUGGCAACAUUUCUGGGAUAGCUGUAUCCGCUCAUAUACGAGAAAGGCUGGAAAGCUGAGAAAGAAGCCUGAGCAUCUCUUUGAAUAUAUGCCAUGGAUUUAUGUAGAAGAAGGCACUUUUCACAACGUUAUCCCACCACAUAAAUAUUUAUGUUUGUACGAGCAGGCAGUUUGGACAAACUUUACAGCUUGGAAGUUUGGAAAGUGGGCCCAAUUACCAGGACCUGCGCAGUGGUACCCAAAGUCUUACAAUCUUGUCGACAACGGAUGGUUACAAGUCUCCACUCAUAGUUUUAGCUUCAAAGAGGCGUUCUUACUUGUCUACUCUAAGAAAUUUGAUAAGGAAAAGUGGGCUAAGGUAUCAGCUGCACAGGAUAUGUUGUUUCUGGAGUUAGAGUAG